UCAACUGACGUUUCGUAUUUUUGGCGUGAUCAACAAAUUUUAUUUCAAAAUUUAUGAAAUAUGUAACAAUGAAAAUUUAUAUGUUAAAUUUUACGUUUUUAAGUGUUGUUGUUAAGUGUACUACGUUUCUGUGUCUCGUGAAACAUGGGAGAAGAUGUAGAACUCUGUUUAGAAAUUCAGGUGGAUUCAGAAACAAAACGGAUAUUAUCUAAUCCGCAAAAAUGCCGAUCUACUUUGCUAGAUGUUACUGUAAUCAAGCCAAAAGAGCUGGAAGCUUUUGGUACACGAAGAACUAAUACACUUCGUGCUGACGAAGUUAGAAAAUUAAUCACAUCGAUGGAAAAACAAAGACGAAAAAAACAGAAAGUUCUUGAUAAAUUAAGGUAUGAUGAUACCGUUCUCCAAAUUCGUAAACACAACGAUGAUUAUGAAAGCAACCAUCGAGAAAAAAAAUCAUUUUCCAACAAUAAAGAACGGAUUUCUUCAAAAUCUCCAGUUGAUGAUCUAGAACGAAAAGAUUUCAUCGGAAUUGCUGAAUCUGUAGAACCUUUAUUUUGCGAAAUUCGUCGUUCUCUGAAAAACGUAGAGACAAGAAUAACUAAUAUGCAAGACAUCAACCUUGUUAUCAGUCAAACAACAGUUGAUGAAAGUGCCUCGGAAGAAUUUGUGCUUUCUAGGCAUAAAAAGCCCAGUUCUUUAGCUAGUUCUGUUGGUAAUCGAAAUCAUACUUGUUAUAGAGUUGAAACAGCACCUCACGAUAUAAAAUCAAUUCUUUUAUCUCAAAAUAAACAAAAAUUAUUGGAAAAGGGCGAAAAAAUUGAAGGCAAAUGUUUAUGUGAAAACUGUGGCAUUAUAGGAUUGCUUGCUGAAUGUCAGAAACAUCCACUUCUCACUGAACUUAGUGAAUCUCCAUCACCUUCAUUUCAUAAACAAUUUCCGAAUCCAAGAAGAAAAGCAAGAUUUAAUGUUGAAAAUAUUAAUAAAAUAAGAUCGAAAGGCAAUGACGAUUCUUAUAUAAAUCAUCUUUCAAACAGGAUAAAAGUCUUGGAGGAGCGAUUAGCAAUGCAAGAAGAAAAAGUCGUUCCUAAAGAUUACUUUAAAAAAAUUAUUUCUAAGAUGGUCACUGGAUUAUCUCCUAAAAUUAUGAAAUCUAAAAGUGACACGUCUUUGCAUUCUCCACUUAAAAAUUUUAAGAAAUGUUCAAAAUUACAAGACAUACAAGAACGUUCUACUGAUAAAUCUUUAAAAUGUCAAAGUUCAGAAGGUUUACAUUGUUUUGGUUGUUAUGAAGAAAACUGUCCAAAAGUAACAUUAAAAGAUGACAAAGGCACUAUCACCGAUGAAGAAUUGUAUUACGGAGGGUACAUCUGGAAAUGGGGUGAAGAAAUUUUAAAGCCAGGAAUUGAUUUAAAAAAUAGAAUAGUAAAUUUAUUGAACGAAGUUUUGACUAAGUUUGCUCUGACCGAGAAAGGGUCAUUGCAAGCAGCACAAGCCGAACAUGUGAAAGCAGAAACUAUCAAAAAUGUUAUGAGACACAUGAAUACCAGAUUUGGUAAUUACGAUCCCCACGAAAAUGUUCGUUACUUAAGUCCACGAGAGAAAAGUCCCAAAGGUAAUCAAGAGAAGGUAAAGUCUCAUUAUUCUAGAAGUGACCAUAAAUACAAUAAAAAUGUUGAUGUAUCUUAUGUAAACCCAAAAAUAUCUCUAUGGCGAAAAGAGUCACCAGAUGUGUUCCCACAGAAAAGUAGCGCUAGUCGGAAAGUAUCUUUUUGGGACAGAUCUUCACCAGCUAAAUGUAAAAUGAAUAACAAAGUAUCGCAGAAUAAAAGUAGCGCACAUUCGUCUCAGUGGUAUAAAUCUUCUCCGGGGAAAUUUAAAACUAGUCAAAAAAUGUUAGAAGAAAAGAGUUGUGAACAAGAAGGUAAACAAGAAUUUUUGAAAAUUGUUACUAAAGCAAAGCAACAUCAGAAAGAUAUCUUGUGGAAGAACAUAUGGAAUCAGGCCAAAGCCAACGGUCAGACUAAAAAUGACAAAAUAACAAUCAAAAUACCAGUGCAGAAUAAGGGAAUUAAGGGCGAUCACACUUUUGAAACUGAAAUAAGUAUUGGUGAAAUCGAGCAAAUUUUGAAAGGUGUUAUUUCUUUGUGUUAAGAAUAAAUAAAGGUUUAGUUUUUAAAA